UUGAAAUUAUGCUGAAAAAUAAGACAUCGCCGAGAACCUCAUUCCUCCGCAAUAACACCAUAGUCAAUGGGGGCUCUGAGACUUCCUGCCCUCACUUCAAUCUUCACUUCCUCGUCCUCCGCCGCCGCCAGAUGUUCUCCGCUGCUUCCUCGUUUCCCAACUCACUUCAACCAGCCUCUACGGCGCCUCAAGUCAGGCACUUUCUCUGUACAGAGCACCGCGGAGAAGGGGGCCUUUUCCGAAUCCGAAGACCACAAGCCUCGAGUCCAGUGUAAGGAAAAUGAAAGAAAGAUAACUCCCAGGUCACAGGACUUCAACGCCUGGUAUUUAGAUGUAAUUGCCAGUGCGGAGCUCGCGGAUUACGGUCCUGUUCGGGGCACUAUGGUUAUCCGACCCUAUGGCUACGCGAUUUGGGAGGCCAUUCAGGAAUACUUGAACGUAAAGUUUAAGGAAACGGGUCACAGCAAUAUGUAUUUUCCACAGUUCAUACCAUAUUCCUUCAUUGAAAAAGAAGCAAGCCACGUUGAGGGCUUUAGUCCUGAAUUAGCUCUUGUGACCAUUGGAGGUGGAAAAGAACUUGAAGAAAAGCUUGUUGUUCGGCCUACAAGUGAAACUAUUGUGAAUCACAUGUUCACUCAGUGGAUUCAUAGUUACCGUGAUCUUCCUCUCAUGAUCAACCAGUGGGCAAAUGUUACGAGAUGGGAGAUGCGUACAAAACCAUUCAUUAGAACACUAGAGUUUCUCUGGCAGGAGGGCCAUACUGCCCACGCCACAGCAGAUGAGGCCGAAAAAGAGGCAAUGCAGAUGAUUGAUGUCUAUGUAAAAUUUGCGUAUGAGCAAGCUGCAAUACCUGUAAUUGCAGGUCGAAAAUCAAGAUUGGAAACCUUUGCCGGUGCUUCCAAAACAUACACAAUUGAGGCAAUGAUGGGUGAUCGGAAGGCUUUGCAGGCAGGAACUAGCCACAAUCUGGGUCAGAACUUUUCUCGAGCAUUUGGAACUCAGUUCACUGAUGAAAAUGGGCUAAGGAAACAUGUAUGGCAGACAUCAUGGGCAAUCAGCACUCGGUUUGUAGGUGGUAUUAUUAUGACACAUGGUGAUGAUGGUGGUUUAAUGUUGCCUCCCUGGUUAGCACCAGUACAGGUUAUAAUAAUCCCGAUAUGGAAGAAGGAUGAUGAAAAAACAGGAGUUCUUACAAUGGCAUCAUCUGUCAAAGAAAUUCUGCAAUCUGCAAGAAUCAAGGUCAAGAUCGACGAUUCUGAACAGAGGACGCCCGGGUGGAAAUAUAACUUCUAUGAAAUGAAGGGAGUUCCUCUCAGAAUUGAGAUUGGACCUCGAGAUAUUUCAAGUAGAAGUGUAGUCAUCUCUAGAAGGGAUGUUCCAGGAAAGCAAGGGAAAGUUUUUGGCAUUUCAAUUGAAACUUCAACUCUAGUGCCAUAUGUCAAAGCAAAGUUGACUGAGGUUCAAUCUUCACUUUUGGAAAGGGCAACAUCUUUUCGAGAUAGUAACAUCGUGGAUGUUUGCACUUAUAAUGAGCUCAAGGAGGCAAUAUCUCAAGGAAAAUGGGCAAGAGGACCAUGGUCAGCCAGUGACAGUGAUGAGUUAAAAGUUAAAGAAGAAACUGGAGCAACAAUCAGAUGCUUCCCUUUCGAGCAGCCUGAGGGUUCAAAGAAGUGUUUGAUGACUGGUAAUUCAGCCGAUGAAGUUGCCAUUUUUGCGAAAUCAUACUAGUGGUGUUGUUAAAGCUGAUUCAUUCUGGUAGUAAAAGCUUUGGGGCACCAUGAGAUGAUGAAAAAAAAUUCUUUUGAUUAUUUUUCUAUUUUUAUGAUUAUGAUAGUAAAAGUUUUAUGAUCAUCAUCGACGGAUUUUGGCGACUUUUCUGGCAACACCUUCAUUCUUUCCGUGAUAAAAAUUUCAGCAGCGUUUGCCAUGUGCGGUCACCGUUGGCGACCUUUGUGGCAACAUUUUUGAAAUUUCAUGAUUUCUUUUUAAAGGCAGGGAGCAUUUGGUAAGAGGGAGAAGAGAUCUGAAUGCAUAUUGAGAUUUGGAGUGAUUUUGUCAAAAUCUUAUGGGAAAAAUCUAUUCAAAAUUUUAUCAUCACAUAGUCUAAGAAGGGAAAAUUAUACAGUGGGAUCGUUACACCAUGAGCACGGUGUACAAAUCCCAAAACGGUACCGUUUUCUAUUAAAAGAAAGUGCAAACACCCCGCAAAUCUCAAAUUGCAAAUCGUCUUGCACAGGGCAGCAGUGAAUACUUGGCUCCCAUAUUCGACCUUGUUGUGCAUCUGAAAUUGCUACGCCUGCUGCGCUUUUGUCGUAAUAGUAGGUUUCCACCCUCUUUGUAAUUGCUCUGGGAGCGCCGCGCUGGAAUAGUUGCUAGGCCUCGUUACUAUGAUAGUAUGAUCUGUGCUUCAUUCCCAGCUCUACUUUGAAAUCGCCUGGUCAAUUUCUGCUCCCACUUUGGAGGCCACACUGGUCAACUCUUUAUGUGCAAUGAAGCUCAGACGCGAUUCUGUAAAUCAGAUCUGUAGCUGAGUUCCCAUUGUGACCAUGAUUGUUCUAUCCUAGAUCGAAAUUGUCAGUUGUUCUCCUAGCUUCCCGUUGUCUAGCCCGGAGUCCAUCGUUGAUUGGUGACGAGGUUCCGCGAGAAAACUCUCAUUAGAUGCUUGAGUUUAAUCCCAUCAAAUUCACCUAUGAUUGUAUUUAUUAUGUGUGUGUGUAUAUGUAUGUAUAUACAUAAUAGACAACUUAUAUAUUUUUUGGACUCAAGUUACAUAUCUAUUAAAAUAAUUU